AUGAUCCUAGUCCUGGGACUGUUGCUGCUGCUCUCAGGGACUGGAGGGAACUUGGGGGCCUCCACCUCCCCCUUUGCGGACCGCCUGCGUGCAGUGGACCCCAACAGCAUUGAGCAGUUGGAGCUGCGCCUGGCGCGAGGAGAUUCCGGGACCUUCUACUGCAUGGGAAUGGGAGGCCGCCGUGAGAGCAGUACCUCGCUCAAGGUGUUUGGGGACUUGACGGCUUGCCGAUCCUCAGGCUCCACGUCGGGGGCCUCCUAUACUCUGCUCCUGUAUGCUCUGCUGGGCGUCGGGUUGACUUUAGGACUGGUGGGGCUGGGGAUGGCUUGGAGACUUCGUCAGAUGGCCUUUUCUGAGCCAACCAGAACCAUCCCAGAAUACGGUGAGAUUAUUCCCUCUCCCCCAGCUCUGCCCCCAUCCCCCCCCACAAAAGCUCCUCCAGUGAACCCCGAGACCCAGAGUCCGUGGAAAGAAAAGCCAGAGAAAAGAGAGGACUCAGAUGUAGAACAGAACCUUCUCUACGCGGAUCUGGACCAUAUUCCCCAUAGAAAUCCUAAAUGGUUGCACUCCAAAGUCCCCAAGGAAACUGCCACCAUCUAUGCGGUCAUGGUUUGA